AUGACAUUUACGCAAGUUAUUAACCCUGAAGUUGCAAGAAAGGAGUGCAGCUCGGCAAAUCCAGCCGAGCAAUUGCACUCCUCGCAAGACCCCAGCACGACAGAGCAUAAGAAGAUUACCGAUAAAGAAGCUCCCGAUUCGAACAACUACCAAGACGAUACCGAGAACUCGGCACCAUAUUGUUUAUCGUUUGAUAUUGAUCAGAACAGUCUCAAAAAAGCAAAAACACAUCCAAGCUGCAAAACUGCUGACCAAUCACUUCCACCGGACUUGCUCGCAGACACUUCGGCAUUUUCACCCUAUUACAAGCCCAUCUCUUUCACAGACUAUUUUUUUUCCGACAGCCCCAAGAGUCUAAAUGUAGCCAACACUGCAUCCUACCCGGGCACCUUGUACAGUACUCAUGACAUGCUCAUGGAUUGCUCCGAUACAACAUUUCAGUCGGUGGAGGAAUGGCAGGCAGAUAUGGGAAACCCGAAACAAGAGCAAACGCAAGAGAAAGGCAAAGGACACGGCAACUCUCCCGCACAUAGCUUUGUCAAGCACCUCGAAGAACUGGAUGUAUGCGGUGGACAUGUUGAUCGAGUACUCCUCGUCCAGAGCGAUACAAGACAGCCAAGGGCUACCGUGCAACUGCUCGCAGUGGUUUGCGAAAAUCUUGGCCAGUCUAAAGGCUCUAAUGAGAGAAGAACCGAGCUUACAACGCAUGGAGUCUGUGUUGCGAACAAUGCCGAGGAAGUGCUAUAUCUGUCAAUCAGCGGGCCUGAACGACAUCGACGGAGACGGCGCGCUCCCUCAGUGGAUGGCUGGAAAGAUUUCGACCAGGCUCGCACUGCUUUGACGAAGGAGAACAUCAAGGAUAUUUACGCGACGCGAAAAGCAGGCGCACGUGGCGUCAUUUGCAUCAAUGGAUCAUACUCGAUUAGUUCUGGUGCUGUGUAUGACGGACUUGCUACUGAGGAAUCUAAGUGGGAUAUUUACCACACCACCUAUGAUUGUUUCCAGGUUCAAUCAAGCUCCAUUACUAAUGACAGCGAUGGUGGAUGGAUCAAUAUACUAACGAGUCCAAAGUGGGGUGCGGAAGGCUGCUCUAUCAGCGGCCACACUAUGAAGUGUUAA